GGAUGACGAGAGAUAAAAAGAUAAGAUUUUUCCAGAUUCCUCUGCCUCGAUCAAACACACUACUCAGUUCAGAAAAUGUGGAGCGUCACCGGAGCAUUUGGCGUGGUAGCGGUGCCAACCGCCGCCGCUUGCCGUACGAAACCGUUACUCGUCUCCUCUACUCUUCUUCCCAAGCAGACGAAUAAGCUCCAUCUCUCUCCGCAACAGCCUCUGUCUCUAUCCUCACAUUUCUCCUCCUCCUCUUUCAUAACCGCUGCCACCUCCGUUGAACAACAGUCUGAUAAUAAGGGAGAGAGCAGCAGCAAGUAUUACUUCCUGGUUGCGAACGCAAAGUUCAUGCUUGACGAAGAGGAACACUUUCAGGAGCAAUUGUUCGAGCGUCUUCGUUACUACGGAGAGAAUGAAAAGGAGCUAGACUUCUGGCUCGUCAUCGAGCCUAAGUUCCUCGACAAGUUCCCCAACAUCACUCAAAGGCUCCGUCGCCCUGCCGUCGCUCUUGUCUCCACCAAUGGUCCCUGGAUCACGUUCAUGAAGUUAAGGUUGGAUCGAGUUCUAGCUGAUUCCUUUGAAGCUACCUCUCUUGAUGAAGCCUUGGCCUUCACUCCUACUUCUUUAGAGUUCGACAAGCCUAAAAAUUGGGUGGCGCCGUACCCCAAGUAUGAACCGGGAUGGUGGGAAACCUUCUUGCCCAAAGCAAAACAAGAAUCUCUAGCAUAGUAGUACUCUUUUUUUUUGUCAUUGUUGUCCGAAUCCAACAGCCUUUGUCUUAGAGUGCUUUUCUUGUUUUGUAUUACUGAGCUUCUUGUAUUUCCUGUGUACUUGCAACUCAGUUGAGUCUAGUGACCAGAAUCGAUCAAAAUCUGUUUCUA